CUGUGGCCUUGGACGAGCUCUCAAGUUCAAGAUGACGUUGGGCACCAGCAACACGACGACGUUCUUGACGCAGCGCGCGACAAGAUCUUCGCCUGUCUGGAGUCCUGGUCCGAGCGCGACACGGAGUACCUGGCCAGCGAGUGCUUCGACGCGCACCGGUUCGAGAUGAAGGAGCCCAUCCCCAUCCCCUCCAUGGACGCCGAAGAGUACCUCGAAGCGCUGGACCAACUCCUUCCCGCCAUGCCCAGCGCCCGCAGCACACUGGGACCCGUGGUGCUGGUUGACUACGACGGUGCUCGGCUCGAGGGGGCUGAGGACGGCAGGCUCAAGUUUGCCUAUCGCUGGCACUUCAACGGUACCUUCCUGCCGAAGGUCAAGUGGCUGGGCUGGGUGGGCCAAGGCCAGGAGGUGGCCUACGACGCCUUCAGCGUGGGCACGGCCACCUGGCACCGCGAAGGUGAGGGCAUUAAGGUGCGGAUGACGGAGAUCAGGAACUACUACUCUGUCAUCGAGGUCAUGCUCCUAUUUGCUCUGCCCGAGGAGAUGGACCCGAGGCGUCUGCGCAGUGACUACACCAACGACGCCCUUGAGCGGCGUACCGCCAGACUCGACGCCAGCCAAGUGGAAGGACAGUGCGAACGGAUCAGGGAGGCUCUCACGGGCGAUGGAAGUGGUCUCGCGGCUCUAUUCGCGCCAAGCGUCGAACUGUGGCGUCCCUACCCGAUCAGGCCGGUGGUUCGUGGCGUUGAUCAAGUGCUGAGUGAGCUGCAGCAGGAGAGGAGCACCUUGAGCCACAACAGCAGGGGCUAUCGGCUUCUAGUGUUGGAGCACUUUGCCGGGCUAGGCCAUUGCACUAUUGAGUACCACAAGAGAGGCGUGGCACAAAUGGAAGAGGAGCACGACCUCUGGGGCUUCCGGGUCUUCCUCUCUCAUGACGACGCGGACGAGGUCGAGCCGACCAUCGACUGGGAAGGAGUGUACGAGUUCGCGUUGGACGAAGACCUGCGCGUGGCGGUGAUUCGCGAGCACUUCGACCCACAGCUGGUGUCGGUGCAGAUGGCCGACUUCCUCGAACGCGUGCGGGACCAGUGGGGCACUCCUUCACCCCAAGCAGCCGGAUCAGACAAUCACGACGAACUAUAG